AGCAUUAAUAUUAAAAAGAGAAAUUAUAUGAGUGAUUGCUCAUUAAGAGUAUAUGCAUUCAUUAAAUAUUUUGAUCCCAGCAGCGUAUUUCUUGCUAUGCUUAAAAUGAAUGCUGUAGUUGUGGAAGGUUGUCAUUUACUUUUGGGUUUUGGAAAAUCACAUCCGUCAAAAUGUGUUUGGGUCACUGGUACUAAAAGUUUGAUAGAAAAUAAUUUUCUGCUGUCUUAUUUAGCUGAUUGUGGCCCAAUUAUGUCAUGUUCAAUUGAUCAAAUAAAUACACGUGCUUUAGUAUAUUUUAAAGAGAUUUCAGAUGCUGAGACAGCUAUAAAUAAAAUGAAGGAUGGUUAUAAAAAUGGUUUAUAUUUCUAUGGUGAUUAUGCAUCAUUUGAGUGUGAAAAAAAAUUUUCUGAAACUUUCAAUAAGCAAAAACGUAAAAACAAUUUAUCAACAGGUCUGGACAUUGAUAACAGUCAAUAUAUAUUAACAUCCAAUGCUAAUGAAAAAAACCAGUCAGCAGCCAAUCUCUAUGUUGGGGAAAAUAGUUCAUAUGUUCAUCCCAGAUAUAAGGAACAUACAUUGCCAAUUACCUGUGUUUGGAUUAAUGGUGUUGUAGAUUCAGUCACUAAUGAAUAUCUGCAAUCUUUUUUUAGUCAAUUUGGACCCGUAAAAAAAUGUUUAGUUGACCGAUGGAACCAUUGUGCUUUAUUGUGUUUCAAACAGGAAUUACACGCACAGACAGCCGUUUCUGUAAUGAAUGGUAACUUUUUAAAAGGUCAAUCAAUUAAUCUUCGUAUAGCAUCUAUAAUGUGUCAAGCUUGUGAAGAAUCUAAUAUAAACAACAAUGAUUUAACUAUUUUGCAACAAGGUAAUGAUGCUCGAUCACCAUCUUGCAGUACCCAAAAGGUUCCUUAUCAAGAUUUCAGUACUACAUUACCUUAUUGUAAUUAUAAUAUUAAUGAUGAAACUUGUCCAACAAACAUCAGUGAUUCAUAUAAUAAAUCAAUUAAUGUUGAUAAUUCUCAGUACACAUCACAGCAUAACGAUUUCAACACCUCUAAUAUUAAUAUUUCUAGUUAUUUUUCAAACACAAAUCCAAUCAACAACGGUCCAAUUACAAUGCUAUAUAACGAGUAUCUGCCAGUGAUUCCCAAAUCUCCGACAAGAUAUGCUAAUUCUGUAUUGUCACUGCCAUUGCCCGAGUUUGCUAAAAACAUAGUACCUGAGGAACCAACGAGCCCAUCUAUAAGGUAUUCACUAUCAUCUAAUUCUGGUAUUAAUCAAGCUACAUAUAUGGUUAAUGGAUCUCACGAUGAGAAGAUGAACUGUGGCUUAGACAAAACUGUUAAGCGGGACCAAAAGUAUGACCAAAACAAUAAUCGUUCACUAAACUCUAAAUUCAAGAAUUUAGAAUCUACUGUUGAACAUAAUGUGUUUGUAGAAGAAGAAGCUAAAAGGCUACAAUAUGUUUCUAACAGAUACACUCCCAAUCAAUCACAAUCAAAUCCUAAAUUUCAAAACCAACAAGUGAGUUCAUCAUUAAAAAAUAAACUUUCAACUAAUGGUUCAUCAAAAUAUUAUCCAAGACCUUCUACGGCUGUUAUUAAAACAAGUGAUACUCAGCCAUCAAUAAUUUCACAAAAUAGUAAAACACCAUUAUUAGACUCUCAAUUGCUGCCUAUUGAUCGUAGGUUGUUAAUCAAUCCAAAUAGUUCUAUAACUAGCCACGAUAGGAUAUUUGAUUCAAUUGUAUUAUUUCUAGAGAAACAAAAAAAAUGUACCAAAAAUAAUAGUACGCAUACACAUGAUGCAUUAAAUACCCAUUUUGUUAACCCUAUUGGAGAUUACCCUAAAGAUGAUAAUAGGAAUGAUAAAUACUAUGAAAUGGUUGGCAAAAUUCGGUACGAGUAUACCAAGCAUUGGGUGAACACGAGUAACUGGUUAACUGAUGAGUGUGUUGAACAACUUGACUAUCCAUUGUUGAGUGAUAUUAAAGAAAAAGAAAACCAAAGAAAGUUAAGAAUUGAACAAAGAAGUAAACAAAAACCCUUAGAUAGAUAUGUACCAAAAAGUUCUAUUGAAUCUGUUCAUGUAAAAAGGUCAACUAAUAUUAAUAAAUGUGUGACAGAUAACAAAGUUUAUGAUAAAAGUAUUGCUAAAAUUGUAUCAUCAUUGAAUAAAAAUAAACAAAGUAAGAUUUCAUCUACUGAAACUAGAGAUAAAAUAAAAAGUACAAAUUUAAAUGAAUCUGCAAGUAGUAUUUCAAAUAAUGGAAAUAAUAUUAAAAAUAAACGGAAGAAAUCUGAUUUGUACAAUCAUAUAACUAACGAAUAUAAAGACCAAAAAACUCAAAGUAUUUCCAGUAAUAGAUCAAGAAGAUAUAAUAAAAAUCACAUUAAACCUAAUAAGACUCAAGAUGAAGUAGAAAAAACAAAAUUUAAUAAAUCUAAAAACGAUCGUACGAGUAUUAAUAAAGUUGAACAAUGUACAUUGAAAAAAACCAUUUAUUCCACAAAAGAAAAAAAAAUCCAAGAUUAUAAACAUCAAAGUCGUUUGGGUUCUAAAUUAACAGAAUCUAAAAGUAAUAAGAGCUAUUGUUCUACAAAGAGUCCAUUAAAAAGGAGCAUGGGCAAUACUUCUAUAAAUCAUCACAAUUCUAAAAAACGAAAAAUAGAUAAUAAGACUUAUAAAAACAACUACUCAAACACUUUUAAACAACGUUCUCCUGUGUUAAGACCAAGAGAAAAUAUUCAUAAUACUUGGAUUCCAGAGAAGAAAAAUAAGAAUAGACGAAACUCCAAAUCAAACUGGAACUCAAGAAUGGAUUAA